ACAGGACCCCGGCGCGGCGCUGCCGGACCUCUGCCCAGACUGCGAGCGGGCCACCGGCGAGAUGCUGACUGUCGGCCCGCCGCGAUGUCUGCAUGAGGAAGACAAGCGGGGCGCUGUGAAUGGGCCCCUAAGUCCCCCUAUCCGUGGCGUUCGCGGUUUCGCCGGUGUGGGGGGUGGGGAAGACCCCGGUAUGCUGGGAAGUGGAACCUCUGUGGGCCAUUCUGGUCUGUGCUCGCCGGACUCGGACCUCCGACGUCCCAGAGCCUCCGGCGUUUCCACGGGACGCCCGGGCCGGAUAUGAGGUCGCCGUUAGAAGGAAGAAGGAAGAGGCGGGGCGGGGCGCGGUGACGUCCUUCCAAGAUGGCGGACAGAGCGUGAAGAAACUGUCCCCCUUCGGAUGGCUCUAGAACAAGGGGUAAAAUUCCAUUCUGGUAUCAAAAUGCAGUAUUCGCAUCACUGUGAGCACCUUUUAGAGAGACUGAACAAACAACGGGAAGCGGGUUUUCUUUGCGACUGCACCGUAGUGAUUGGGGAAUUCCAGUUUAAAGCCCACAGGAAUGUGCUGGCCUCGUUCAGUGAGUAUUUCGGUGCGAUCUACAGAAGCACUUCUGAGAACAAUGUCUUCCUUGAUCAGAGUCAGGUGAAGGCUGAUGGAUUUCAGAAACUGUUGGAGUUUAUAUACACAGGAACUUUAAAUCUUGACAGUUGGAAUGUUAAAGAAAUUCAUCAGGCCGCUGACUAUCUCAAAGUGGAAGAGGUGGUCACUAAGUGUAAAAUAAAGAUGGAAGAUUUUGCUUUUAUUGCUAAUCCCUCUUCUACAGAGAUAUCUAGUAUUACUGGAAACAUUGAAUUGAAUCAACAGACUUGUCUCCUUACUCUACGGGAUUAUAACAGUCGGGAAAAAUCAGAAGUGUCUACAGAUUUAGUUCAGGCAAAUCCUAAACAAGGGACUUUAGCAAAGAAGUCUUCUCAAAAUAAAAAGAAGAAGAAGGCCUUCAGCUCCCAGAAAACAGGACAGAAUAAAACAGUGCAAUAUCCCAGUGACAUUUUAGAGAAUGCAUCUGUUGAGUUAUUUUUAGAUGCAAAUAAAUUAUCCACACCUGUAAUAGAACAAGUUGCACAAAGAAAUGAUAAUUCAGAACUCGAGUUGACAUCAGUCGUGGAAAACACUUUUCCAGCACAAGAUAUUGUGCAAACUGUUACAGUGAAACGGAAACGUGGAAAAUCACAGCCAAACUGUGCUCUGAAAGAACACUCUAUGUCCAACAUAGCCAGUGUCAAGAAUUCUUAUGAGCUGGAGAGCUCUGGGGAAGAGCUGGAUCAGAGGUAUUCCAAGGCCAAGCCAAUGUGCAACACAUGUGGGAAAGUGUUUUCGGAAGCCAGCAGUUUGAGAAGGCACAUGAGAAUACAUAAAGGAGUUAAACCUUAUGUCUGCCACUUGUGUGGAAAGGCAUUUACCCAGUGUAACCAGCUGAAAACACAUGUAAGAACUCAUACAGGUGAGAAGCCAUACAAAUGUGAAUUGUGUGAUAAAGGAUUUGCUCAGAAAUGCCAGCUGGUCUUCCAUAGUCGUAUGCAUCAUGGUGAGGAAAAACCCUAUAAAUGUGAUGUAUGCAAUUUACAAUUUGCAACUUCUAGCAAUCUCAAGAUUCAUGCAAGGAAGCAUAGUGGAGAGAAGCCAUAUGUCUGUGAUAGGUGUGGACAGAGAUUUGCUCAAGCCAGCACAUUGACCUAUCAUGUUCGUAGGCAUACUGGAGAAAAGCCUUAUGUGUGUGAUACUUGUGGGAAGGCUUUUGCUGUCUCUAGUUCUCUUAUCACUCAUUCUCGAAAACAUACAGGUGAAAAACCAUACAUAUGUGGUAUUUGUGGGAAAAGUUUUAUUUCCUCAGGAGAGCUCAACAAACACUUUCGAUCCCAUACAGGAGAAAGGCCAUUUAUCUGCGAAUUGUGUGGAAAUUCUUACACAGAUAUUAAAAAUUUAAAGAAGCACAAAACAAAAGUCCAUUCCGGUGCAGAUAAAAUUCUAGAUUCUGGUAUAGAGGAUCAUCCCUUGAGUGAACAAGAUUCCAUACAAAAAAGUCCUUUAUCAGAAACAUUGGAUGUGAAACCUUCUGAUAUGACUUUACCACUAUCUCUUCCACUUGGAACUGAGGACCACCACAUCCUUCUGCCUGUCACAGAUAAUCAGUCUCCUACAUCAGAUACGUUGUUGAGGUCAACUGUGAAUGGGUAUUCAGAACCACAGUUGAUUUUUUUACAGCAAUUAUACUGACUUUAUGAGGAAUAUGGAAUUGCUAAGACAUCUCUGGUAGUAAACAUAAACUCUCUGGUAAGGUGCAUAUAUUAUAUUAAAUUACCAUUCAUUUGAGUUGUGAACAUUAUUUUUCAUUCACUGAAGUAAACACCUAAUGCUGCAUCGUAACUGCAAUGCUUGUUUUGAUUUUUGGCUUUUAUAUCUAGAUUAUAAACAUAACGUGUUAAGAAGUGAAUUAUACUGUAGUAGCACUAUUUUGGAUGAGUAAGUUUUAUUUUCUUUUAGAGCUGCCUUAAUUCAUUUUUAUUUUGCAUUUUGAAUUGCCUUUCAUUUAUUGAAAUGGAAUCUUUCCGUUUAUAUGAGUCGGUUUUGACCUGUGGGAUUUUUUAGUUUUGUCCCCCUCAAAAUUUAAGCAAAAUCGAUGAUAGUAUCAGCCAAGAGUGUUGCUGUUACUGAGCCCCUUAGGCCAAUACAUAAACUAUGAGGGAAAUGUAAAUUUUCAUAUUUCUUCUUAAGAGAAUUUCGGUACUGAUAAGAAUUGUGCUAUUUAAUAUAUUCCAUUGGAGGUAACUUUUCUACUGAAAAAGGUGUUUUUCUUAAAAGCUAGAAAACUGUAUAUUAUUCAUUUUUGUUCAUUUAGAAUUCAAUAUUCUGGAGAAUAGCAAGAGUCCGUACUUUUGAGUUAUCUGAGACUAUAUUUGCAAUAUGAGUUUUAAAUAGAUCAUUGAUGUUUUUAACUUGUUAAAAGACAAUUUCAAAAUUUGAUUCAAGUUAUGUUUUAAUAGGUUUCUAGAUUACUGGAGAUGAAAAUAUACAGAGUUUUGAAAAUUUUUGAUAAGCCUCUCUUAUACCUGUUACACUCUUUUUACAAUACUAAGUUCUAAAAAAAAUUUUUAAAUAUAAACUUAAUGCAUACUCUAAAUCAUUUGGCCUCUGAAUUGACACAUCAUAAUUAUGUAAAGAGUUAAGAAAUUAGCUUCAGUUGUAAAUGAACAUUUGAGGAAUCAGAAAGCCCGUUUAUUAAAUAUUUUAUAUUUAAGUUUUCUAUAGGUUUUGAGUUUUAAAAUUUUAAAAAUUAAACCACAACAUUUGGCUAUUGUCAUAGUUUCACAGUAGUCUGCUUCCUUCCUGCUGAAUGUAGAAAAUUGAGUAUCAUUUGAAUAUUUACUACCAGUCUUCCCCAUCCCACUUUUGCCACAUAAUUGAUUUUUUUUACUGCCUAAUCUUUCAGCAUUAAAUUCUCAGUUCCACAGAGUCAGUUCCUAUACUGCUGAUAAACACCAUGGUGACAUUAUUUCAUAUUUCUGCUAUGCGUUAGCUGUGGCUUAUAUGUUUUCUGGCUUUAAACUACACUUACAAUAAACUUAAAGUGGGUUUUUUGGGUAUUGAUUUCUUUAAUUGUAUUUUCUCUGGCAUCCUAGUCAGAGGAACCAGCUAGGAGAGGACGUAGUAAAACUCCUGAAUUCUUGUAGAGAUUGUCACCAUUUCCCAGCACACUCAGCAUUUUCACCAUAGCAUUUGCCACCAGUGGGACUGACUUAACUGAAUAGACUUUGAACUCUAUUGCCUUUAUAUAAUAGAUGUCAAGCUUCACAUUUAUUUAUCUAAGAAAUCUAAUUAUGCGUGUGUAUUAAUACACUGGUUUAAAUACAAUUUACAAAGUCCUAAAAUGUUCAACUAAUCUCUUCUGGCUUAAAUUCAAUAGGAGUUUAUUGGGAUGUGAAGAAAUUAAGGAAAAUUAAAAGACUCAGCCUCUUUAAGAAGUCUGCUGAAAUGAAGAGGUUAUAUUUAAUUUAUAUCUUCAUUAAUCCAAGCAUCUAUUGAAUAAAACUUCAAAAACCGCUACAGUGAUGUCAAAAUUUUAUGAGAGCAGUAGUUACCAAAUUGCAACUAAUAUGAUGGUAAUUAGCAUUUUGCAUAGAUUAGCCUUCAGAUUUAUUAUUUUUAAUAUUAUUGGAUUGGAAUGGCUAAGGUUGAUUUACUGUGCUUUUUCUUCAUCACAGUAUCUGUUCUUGAUAGCUAAAAUAAUUUUAUUUUAAAUUGACAUGGCUUGAUGCUCUUCCAGAGUGACAUGUAAGAAAUCUUGAAGGCUGAGGUUGCAAACUUGUCAUUCUUCUCAAAAUUCUAUACUAUUCCUUAUUAUAAUACGCAUAUAUUUUAGUUGUAUCUGGUAUCAUCCUAACACUCAUAAUUAUCAUUUUAAUUAAGUCUUUUUAAAAAUAUAUUUGUUAAAUGCAGUUUUCGGAAAAGUCUAUUCUUAAUUAAAUAUGACUAAAUUUUUGAAAGUCUGUUUAGGAUGUUGAAGAUCUUACUGAGAUUAUUUUCUAAAAUAAUUUUGUAUGUAUUAGAUUAUUUCUACUGUAUUGUUAGAUUUUAGAGUUUUUAAAAAGAAACCAUAGAUUAUAUAUAAAUGAUUUUUUGCUGUUUUUAAAUGGUAUUUGUUUUAUGUUUAAUUUCAUAGGAUGAUUUUGAUAGACAUAUUUUAGAAAAAAAUUUUUAAAGAAAACGUUCAAUCAGUUCUCUUGCAAAAGCAGUUUAUCACUUCUGUAUAUUUCAAUUCUGCAGAAAUUAUACAAAUGAGAGUAGUUGAAAUGUACAUGUAUAAAGACAAUCUACAUGUUCUUGUUUUUUAAAAUAUACUAGGACAAUAGUUGUAACAUUUGAUGGAUAUCAGAAACAUUUAAAAAAAUAACACUAUCCAAACCCCACCCCACCUCAGGCCUACUGAAUCGUCCAGUCUCUGGGACAUAUAUGCUGGAAAAGCUCCACAGGUGAUUUUAAUAUAACCAGACAUUGAGAACUAUCUUAAAUGUUUCUUGUCUUUUGGGGAAGCAUUUAAAAAUGAAGCCCUUCAUAUAACUUUCCAUCUUAUACUCAGAUUUUAAGUCUUUAGAAUUUCCCUAGAAAUAGCACCAAGUAAAAAGAAAUUGUAUUUUAACGCAAUUUCUGUAAAUUCUAUAUUUUUACUCAUUAUUUAUGAACAGUAUGGAGUUUUAGUUAAUGGAGCAUUAAUUUCUUGAAACAGUGGUAUGGUUACUCUCUUGUUCUCUUCAACCCCUGCCACCAUUGAUUCAAGAGAGAUUUGGUGUAUUUGCUUAAAGAAUUAGGUAAUUAUCAGGUAGACUUAAUAACCAUCCAGAAAUAGGGUAUUUAGUUUCAAAGUAAACAUCAUGGAUGUGAACAGGUAUUUGCAUUAAAAUGUUUAGCCAGUAUUUCAAAUGCUGGAAAAUUUUUGAAAUCAAGAUACAUAAACCUGCAAAGAUAAGGUAAACACCACCCUUAAGUCAAAUAGGAAAGACAAGCCUGAACAUAAUGGCAGUAAAACAAGACAGAAUGUCACGUGUUUCAGGGGAAGGCAAGGAAGGAAAUACGGAGCAGUCAACAAGAGCUGAAUGGACAGAAACAGGGCCAGUUGUUCCCUAAUAGACAAACAGGAGAUGGAUGAUGGGAAGGAAUGUGCACAAAGCUAGCUGAGACAGGCUAAACGAAGAAAGUAUGAAACAGGGAGGAGGUAGGAGUCAAAGACAUGUCCAGCACUAUGCCUGAUACAUCUUACAUGAAAUAGUUCUCAAUCCUUAACCUGUGCUAAAGGAGUAGGAUUGGAUAACCAGGUUGGUAACCUGUGGUCUCUCACACCCAAGCACAACUGACUGCUGAAGGGUGGGGAUUAGAGGAUCAGACAGCCUACAUUUGUAACACAUGAUUCCAUACUUAGAUCUGCAGCUUAACUGAACAUCUUACUAGGGAGAAAGAAUUCUUAGGCCUGACCAAACUGGUUAGAUUCUCAAGAAUUUGAGCUCUGAAAUUCAGAGACUUAAGUUUUGGAACAUGUAUAAGUGAAAAGAUCAUUUAGAACUGGCCCAGAGUGAGUGAAGCAAGCCAAAGUCUAAAAGAAAUUAUGAAUAAGUAGAGAAAGCUGGUCUACAGAAUGAAGCAAGGGAAUGAAGUAAGGUCACAGAACCAAGCCACUGAUUCUCUGUGAGAGAGAGGUGUGGCCUUGGAGUCCCCAUUCUUGAGGUGGCACAGCACUGUCAUCAUCCUGGAUGCCAGUGAUUUUUUUUUUCCUGUUGUAUCCUUACAGUAAAUAUCCCUUUUCUUAGGCUUGAAUGCAUUUCUUUUCCUUGCAGUUAGACAGCUCUGACUUUAAUAAGACAUCUAAGUUUUGAUCCUUAAUGACUGAGAUGAUGGUGAUGCCAUUAAGUGUGAUAGGGAAGAUGAAGAAGAGGUUUAUGGAAGAAAAGGCUUUAUUUUAGAUGCACUGAAUUCGAUUGGUGGUACAACAGCCAUGUGAAAAUGUCUAGUAGUACUUGGAAAUAGAGCCCAAAGUCUAGGAGAGGUUAAAGCUAGAGCUCAGAUCUUGUAGGCUAAUGAUUACUGGCAUAGCAAUGAUUAAGGUGGGCCUGGGAGAUGGUACUAAGCAAAAGAAAAUCUUUGGGGAAAUACAUUUAAAGAAUGAGCAAAAAGAUAGGAGUGGCUGGGUGGCUCAGUCAGUUAAGCAUCUGACUCUUGAUCUCAGCUCAGGCCUUGAUUUCAGGAUCGUGAGUUCAAGUUCCGCUUUGGCAUCAUGCUGGGCAUGGAGCCUACCUUAAAAAAAUAAAUAAAUGAUACAAAAUGAUAACAGGAAGAACACCAGGGUAGUGCAAAUUUUAUGAAGAUGAAAGUGGUUUUGUACUGGUCAUAUGGUACAGAGAAAUAGGGUACAAAUCAAAGAAAACUUUUGGUUGGGUAAUUGGAGUAUGAUGAUCCUUUGAGAAGGCAGUUGGAGUAAUAGCGGAGAUAGAAGCUAGCUGGAUAUGGUUUGAGUAGUAGUUAAGACAUGAUUACUAUUUAGUUGAAAAGCAGUGUGGAGCAGAAUCAUUUUUUGUCAGUAUAUAAAAUAAAGCACUUUAUUUCUUACUUUCAAAACUGAAACAUUGUAAAAUGAUGAGCUUACUAUGAUUUGCAACACCAUAAUCAGAGGCUGCAUUUGAGCCUGAUCUUAAAGCAUGACAAGAGGAGGAUGGAAGGAAACUAUAUGGUUACAGAUGUACUCUUUACAGUUCAGAUGUGCAAAGAAGUGGGAGUUUUCUGACAGACAACUGCAUUUCCUUCCACUUGAGCUCCCACCCCAUGGGAAGUCAGGAAAAUAAUAACUUUUAGUCUCAGCCAGUUGAAAAGGAAAUACAAUUUAUGACAUUGUAAGGUAAUGCUUAAACUUUUGAAAAUGCUCUUGUUUCUGUCAUUUGUUUUCUCUUUAAUCUGGCAUCCAGAUGUAUGGAGGGGGUUUAAAUAACAUAAUCAGGGAAAACAGUGUCUUCAGUUCUUCCACUUCUCUGGGUAUCCUACUGGCCUCUGAUGCAGUAGGCAACAGCUUGUAAAAUAGGUCAUCAGGUUUGUCCUAGCUUGGUCAGAGCCCAGUAGUUCUUGACUAAAUUGGCCUCACCUUGGUUCUAACAAAUGUGGAGACCUCUGACAUUUCUGCAGUUCUGAUCAGGGUGCAGUAUAACCUGUGGCUGCCCACCCGCCCCAGCCAGCAGACUCAAAGCAAGCCUUUUUGCUUCCCAUUCAUCAACUUCCCACUCAGCUACCGUCUGAGUUUCUGAGUCUCCCCUUGGGAGAAUAAAGAAACUUGUAGGUGCCCUCCAUACAACACAAGAACAGAGAUUACACUGGACAGGCAAAUCUCAUUACCGAGGUUUACUUUCAUGUGACUGUUUCCUACCCAGCCUGAGGAGAGGCCACCUCUUUCUAGAAUCCUGUAAACUCCCCUACUACCCAGCAUAUUACAGAUAUCUCAAAGCAAUAAAAGAUGAACUAUUGUACAAAAGGAGUCCGACACAGUAAAUUCUACAAGAUUCAGUUUAUAUAAAAUUCAAAAACAGGCAAAACUAUAUGGUGUUAGAAGAAGUGGUUGCCUGUUGGAAGAAGGUUGAGGGAGCUUCUCGGAAGCGUGUGGAAUUUACUAUCUAUAUCUAGGUCAUGGCUAACAUGGAUGGGUUAACUGCGUGAUAAUUCAUCGACUUGUUCACUUAAGUUUGUUUUUUUCUUUUUUGAGGUGGCUCAGUUGUUUAAGCAUUCAGCUCUUGAUCGCAGCUCAGGCCCUGAUCCUCAGGGUUGUGAGUUCAACCCCACAUUGGGUUCCAUGCUGGGCAUGGAGCCUACUUUAAAAAAAAUUGUACUUUCUGUAUGAUUGCUGUACUUCCAUUUUAAAAAGUAUAUAUUCAAAAAACUAACUUGAAGAAUGAGAAAACCAGAGCAUUGGUUCUUAACUUUGAGAUUAAAGACCUGGAUUGUAAAAAUGCAGAUUCCCCAGACUAUCCUCGGAAGUUUUGAUUCAGUAGGUCGGACUCUAAGAAUCUGUAAUUUUAACAUUUGCCUCAGUGGUUUUGAUGGUGCACACUUUAAAAAUGCUGAUUAGCAUCUGUAGUUUAACAAACUAUCCUUAACUCUGGACAGAUACUCAAGUAUAAAAGAUUUGUCAUAUUGUUACUUGAAUCUGAAUUUAUUGGAUCUCUAAUUGCUAGGAGCAACAUUUCCUCGCCCAGCUUAAUGUUUUACAAAUGUAAUAAUAGUUGUUUAAAUUGUUCCUAUUUUUUUUCCUAUGGCUUGGUUUUAGUGCAUCCAUUGAAUUCUGCAGAUUUUCAAAUUUGAUUAAAAGAAUUUUAUUCAUUUCUUUUUGCAUUCUUAACAAUACAAAGACAUUUGAUUUUUCUGAGAUAUACAGCCUUUUUAGAUAGAAUAUUUAGUUCUAGAUUAUUCAGCAUGUAAUAAUGUAAAAGAACUCUGUAAAAAAAACAGCCAGUCUUUAUAUCUUCAGAGCAGAGAUCUUAAAAUGGAAAUAAGAUUUGAACACGCAGAACAUUGUCAAGUAAUGUCUGAUAAAACCUACACAGACUCAACCUGAUAGCAACCAUCCUGGAUGAUUCCCAUUCAUCUCUGAAAACAUGUGAAUGGAUUUGUUUUUUCAUAGAUGUCCACCUACUGGUACAAGAGUAAAACCUGCAUUAGCUGAGUGCCUGCAAGCUGCUCCAUAAGUUGGCCUCCAGUAAUAAUGCUUUUUAAGGCCAUUCGAGACUUCUGCAAGAUACACAUGUCCAUCCACCACAAAUGCCUCCACGUCUGUAUUGUCUGGUUUUAGACGGCCCAUUUGCAUUAACUCUGAAUAUGCCUAGGAUUUUUAAGAAGAGAAAAACCUAUCAUUAAGAAAAUUGUUCAAUUAUCAAAAUGAAUAAGCUUGCAAAAAUUAGAAAUAAGUUUUAAGGUAUUUUGUUUAAUGACUCCCAGAAUUAACAAUUCUCUGUAUUCCCAAUUUUGUGGGCCAAGGAUCCCAUGAUCAAAAUUUUCAAGUCCUACAGGAGUUCUUAAAUGAAGGAGGAAAGAGUUGUAAAUGCCCUUGAAAAUACAACAAUAUACAUUUCUCAGAAAAAUAACCAGAUUUUGGCAUACAGCUGUAUGGAGCUCAUGAACUCCCUGAAGCUACUUUAUAGACUAAGGCUAACAGACAAUUUCCUUAGUAUUAGACAUUGGCCUGGCUGGUAGCCCAAUUCCAAAUUCAUUGUAGAAUUUUCUUUGCAUAACUCUUACGGGUCCUUGGUAUCUUUGUAAGGGUGUCACACAAACAUGUUAAAAUGGUUGGCCAAUAAGGUUAUGAGUAUAAAGAAAGGCAAAUAUUUAGAGUGUAAAAGAUUUAAAAUUUUAGUUGCUUUCUACUCCAGUUUGUCAUUAUGCCAAACUCAGUUUCUAUUGUGUAGAAUAUGUUUUUCUGAAAUCAGGGGUUUAAGUAGUAUAUCUUAUUACUCUUUUUAGAGAUGGAAUUUUGGAUAGUCUUUGCAAAUUGAGAAUUUUAGCAUCUUCAUUCUUUCCAAAUAAAAACUACUUGUUACAAUACUUUUUGUUUGGAAAGUAGUAUCAAGGGCUCUAUUUAUAAGCAACAUAUAAAAGCACUCACACUAUAUGUCUCCAAAUUCCAUGUCUUGGUUUAAUUAUUGGGCAGCAGAUUGGAGAUUGUGCUGCAUCAAAUUAGAAUAAAUCAACUAAUUUUUAAAAUGUUUUAACUUUGGAGGAAUUAGGACUGUAUAAUUCAGUGAUCUUUACACCAAUAUGUAGUAUUUGAUAUCUUCUGCUAUUUAAACCACAAAACUUUCCAGUGGUUAAUUUUUAGGACUUAGGUUAAAAUUUAUCAAAACUACAGUGUCUUACUAUAUUUUGGAAUCAUUUCUAAGGCCACCUGUGAAUGUCUGAUAUUAUAGAGAAGACCCCAGAAAAAGCCUCUGUGAAGAAAAAAAAAAAAAA